CCCCUCUGAGGUCUGGGGGUUUAUUCUCUUGACAAAUGAAGAAAUGAGACUGGAUAAUUUCGUUCCAGUGUUGCGUCCCACUAGAUACUGUACAACCGCAGCACAGAAAGCUGGUGCCUGCCCCUGAGAGCUCCCAGUCGAAGGCCUGCUCCAGCUGAUCCUACACAGCUGGUCACUAAAGACAGAAUUUCUAAAAGAUCCUGAGAAUUACACAUCCAAAUCCUGAAGGCCUGGAAUUGGGAACAUCUGAGCAACAAAUUGUCCUUGCUAAAGAUGAUUUUGGAGCCAAUAAGCCUGCAGACUUCAGCCUUAAUGAUUUCCAGCUUCUCCAAGGUGUGGGUGGUGAGAAACAGCAACACACUGUUGCCCCAGGGAAGGUAGCUCAGCGAUAUCCACCUGGAACCGCUGGGGGCCUGGGGUGAAUCUGGCUCAGGCAUUUGCUGCAAGAGGCCGUAGUCCUUCAGGCAGAAGGAGCUGCCAGCAGAGACCAAUAGACAGAGGGGCCCGAGGCGUAGAUUCAUGUGGCCGUGGAUUCAGGGCUGCAUAACUAAAUCACUCAGACCUGUAAAACCAGGGCCUAGGCACCGCUGGGGAAGGGCAGGGCUAGGAGCGCAGAAGGGAGGUUUUCAUAGGGGCUUGCCAGCACUGCUGCCUUGCAGGUGCGAGCUGUGUAGAAGGGUUCAUCUGAGCUGCUGUGCUGAGCUCCGAGGUGGGAGGUCAAGGGCUGCAACGCACAGAGGAAGCCGUGGAGUGCAAGGGCCACCAGACAAGGGCAAGAGGGACUGCAGUUCUUUCUCACCCGCUGCAGCAGGAUUUCUCAGCCCUUGACGUAAGCCAGCAGUGUCCAGCCCAUGCCAGGGAAGCCUUCCUUCUACCCUUCCUGAGGGCCACAAUGGUGCGUACUCCGCUGCAGCUGGCCGCUACCUGCAUUGCUGAGCACAUCACGGUUCAGGGAUGUAGGCGCCGCCUGUCCCCUGCUUUCACUGUGGGAUCUGUGAUGCUGGCUGACACGGCAGAAACAUGUGCAGUAUUUAGGCCACGCUCAGUGCAGGGGGAUGGGCAUUCAUUAGCAGAGCAGUGUCUCUUUUAAUCAAAAGGCAGGGGCUGCUUCUCCUUGGGCCCGGUUACAGGGUUAGCACUGGAGGACACUGCGGAAGGUACCCCUGAGGGGGAAGGAAGGGAGAAAGAGGAUGGGACUGCUAAUGCUUGAAAGAUAUGUAUGCUGUGGAGAGAAAAGUAUUAUCUAGGGUGCCCCGACAGGGGAUGAGCUGUUGCAGAACAGACAACGCAGGGGGACCCUAUCUGCAUAGAUCCCCUUGCGGGAAGCCCCCAGGGAAGGCCUGUCCUUGGAGAUUUUAAAGCUGGGCUGGACAACCUGCCACAGGAGCAAUACUGGCCUUUCCUGGGGAGGUGUGGAGGACCCUGAUUUCUUCCAGCUCUGACUCUCACAUAUUAAAAUGUGACUUAUGGUGAAAAAAACUACAUUUCCCAGUCUCCCUUGCAACCCUGGGGCAUAAGCAAUUGGAAGUUUUAAAUAGACCAGGCCAGAAGCAACCAACCUUUGGCACAAAGAAUUUCCCUCCUCUUCUUCCAAUCUAUUGGCUGUUUAACCUUUUUCCCUGGCACUGGAGUGGCUGCCAAGCCUGGCAUUAAUUUUCCUUCCAAGCUUGCUAGGCCCAUGAAGUAAACAGCCAUGUGCAUUCCUUACUCUAUAUUUAACAGCUGCAGGCUGUGCUGGGGCAACUGCACCAGAGGGGAACCUUUCUAGCUUCCCAAAUUCGUAACUCUUGAGGGUGGGAGAGGGGGAAGCUGUCUGCAGGGAGAAGAGGGAUUUCUCUCCCUCCUGGUAUUUGAAAAGCAGGUUCCAUCUAGCGAGAGAGACUGCAAUGCCAGCAUCCCAGAUGCGGUCCAGGGCAAGAGACAGGAACAAUGUCCUCAAUAGGGCUGAGUUCCUCUCCCUGAACCAGCCCUUCAAAGGAAACCAGGAGAGCAGGAGCUCCAGCAGAAAGCAGAGCGGCCAGGCUGGAGCAGCUGGUGCCCAGAACAGCAAUCCCAAGGAGCGGAGGCAAUCCCAGCAGCUGCCCGAAGAGGACUGCAUGCAGCUCAACCCCUCCUUCAAAGGAAUUGCCUUCAACUCCCUGCUGGCCAUCGACAUCUGCAUGUCCAAGAGGCUGGGAGUGUGUGCCAACAAAGCCUCGUCCUGGGGUGGUGCCCGCUCCAUGAUUAACCUCCUUGGGAUAACAGGGCAUGGGAUCCCCUGGAUUGCAGGCACUCUCAUCUGCCUGGUGAAGAGUAGCACGCUGGCAGGCCAAGAGGUCCUCAUGAACCUGCUGCUAGCCUUGCUGCUGGACAUCAUGAUUGUGGCUGGUCUGCAGAAGCUGGCCAAGCGGAAGGGCCCGUAUGAUGUCAGCCCUGGCUUGUUGGACUACCUGACCAUGGACACUUACGCCUUUCCAGCGGGGCACGCCAGCCGAGCUGCCAUGCUCUCCAAGUUCUUCCUCAACCACCUGGUCUUGGCCAUCCCCCUCCGGAUCCUGCUGGUCCUUUGGGCCUUCUGCGUGGGCUUUUCCCGUGUCAUGAUCGGACGACACCACAUCACAGAUGUCCUGUCUGGCUUUGUUUUUGGCUACUUACAGUUCAGGCUGGUGGAGUUGAUAUGGAUGUCUUCCAAUACAUGUCAGAUGUUGAUAUCAAUCUGGUGAACAUGGGGGACUUGAUGCCUUUCAAAUGGAAAUUAGCCGAUACUUUAAGAAUCUCCCUCCCAGUAUUUUUUACAUGUUGUCUGUUGGAAAGAAUUGUAAAUUCCAUGAGUAGUGGCGUUUUUUAAUGUUGUAUCCCUGCCUGAAAAAAAAAAAAAAAACCAAACUUUACUUGCAAUUGGUUGGGUUUUAGCAAUCAAGGGCCACAGCUGUGUUUUGGCCAUAUUCUCAAGCUGUAUUUGUACAGCAACCAAAUUAAGCUUUACAGAUGCAAGAAAUGAGCUACGUGUCUGCCUUGUUUGGGUGGCUCACACCUGCACCUUGAUAAUGUCCUCACAGCGGGCAGCACUUGAAAUCUUCCUGAGAACAUGUUUGUUAACCUCUUUGAGGCUAAAUGAUUUUGGCCACAGUGCUUUUUCUUACUUAAGCCCAGAGUUUGCGUCCUGUGUAGAGUCAGGACACUGCCAGCA